AUGACAUUGAGCACCUGGACCCCGUCCCGUGGGCGUCAGCGGGCCCAGCAGCACGGUACUUGUGUCGCCGUGUGCAUCCUUCUGGAAGCUGCCAGACUACUGAUCCUUGGGGACUGCGAUCCUGGCUGCUUCUGCUGCCAUGUGUGUGCCAUGUGGGAGGGCGUGUUGUGGGGCCCCGAACCAGCCAACGGAAACUCAGGAGGGCUCAGUUGCCGCGUCGAGCUCGUGAGAGACCCUGUUGGACGACAUUAUGAGGGUCAUGCAUUAUGUAUCCACCGUACGAAGGAGAGUGUAGCCGACUAUGGCAUCUCGCUGAUUCGCUGUAUAAUCGUGGAGUUUGAGUAG